AUGGAUCCAACUCAACCUCAAGUUUCAAACAUCUGCCAAAUUCCCACUUUCGUUUCUUAUUGUCAAAACCAAUGUACACACGAAAACUUGAUAGGUUUCUAUGGAGAUACCUUUAUUUUUAAGAUUUUUACUGCAGAGAAACCAAACAUUAAUACGGAACUUUCUAAUGAACAAAAAAUGAAAAAAAGGAUUAAAAAGACAGCUCGAUGGACCGAAGAAGAAAUCAUAAGGAUGUACUAA